AUAAGCCUAAAUGCUCGGUUUUAACUUAAGAUUUUUCAUUAUUCCACGAACGGCUUAGACAUUUGUAUGAGAAAUGAUGCACAAAUUAAAUUUCUUAUAUGUGAAUUUCCCCAUAGUGACCACUGACCGGAGGCAGCGUAACGAUUUCAAACACCCCACGUUUAAUCUCCCAGUAAACUCUAGCUCCGCUUUAGGAGCUUCGGCACAGCGUUUCGGUGUUUUCUCCACCUGAGAGUAGCAGAACAGGUUUGUUCGCCGUUGAUAAGAUGAAUUCGUUUGACCAAGAUGUGCGGAUAAUCUCGAGUAUGUUGUCUUGUUUGGGUCCGAAGCAGGUGCGUCUCCCAUGGUGUUGCACUCACCUAAAGUGCCUCUCGUUUGGAAGUUAAUGAACUAUGACGCAGACAUGCUGUACGGUCUCAAAAUAGGUUUAACAACAUGUUCUAAGUGUAUGUAAAAUCAUAGGCGGCUUCAACUGUUGGCUGCCUCUGGACGCUUUUUUCCAGGUAGUCCCGCCUCCAGCGCGUAAAGAACCCGGACCGCUUUUACGCACUGCAUUCAGUUGGAGCAGUUUGGAGCGCAAGAGGAUGACCGACACGCACACGCUUUUGGCACUGCAUGUGGACUUAAUCUCUCCAAAAGGAUGACUACGGAUGAUUGUAAUUAUCUAGAGGACUUUGUAACCGAUGUUGAAGAGAUGCUGAGCGCCAACAUCUCCAAAUCAUGGCGCGAAGGCAACCACACCAACAAUUCCGGUUGUGGAUCUGUAUCAGUUGGUUUCCCCAUAACCAUGAUGAUAACUGGUAUGGUGGGCAACACAUUAGCUCUUAUUCUGGUGUACAUCUCUUACAGAAAGAGGGAAAACAAAAGGAAAAAGUCGUUCUUGCUUUGCAUCGGAUCGUUGGCGUUAACUGACCUGUUUGGACAGCUUUUGACAAGUCCAAUUGUAAUAUCGGUCUACCUAGCUGAAAUGAAAUGGGAACUUGUCGACCCAUCUGGCAGAUUGUGCGCCUUUUUCGGUGUGUGCAUGACAACUUUUGGGCUGUGCGCUCUCUUCUUGGCCAGCGCCAUGGCAAUCGAAAGGGCUAUGGCGAUAACAAACCCCCACUGGUACGCCAAUCACAUGAAGACAAGCGUGACAAAGCAAACUUUGGCUGCCGUGUGGUGCCUUGUGUUGCUCUUUGCGCUGCUGCCCAUCGCAGGUGUCGGGAAAUACACGCUCCAGUGGCCGGGAACCUGGUGCUUUAUCAACAUGGGGGACAACCAGAUCCCGGGCAAUACGUUUUUUGCCAUCACUUUCGCUGUGCUUGGAAUUUUCUCUCUGCUUGUGACAGUUUUUUGCAAUGUAGUGACCAUUCGGGGCUUAAUUAUCCGAUGUAAAACAAAGUCUGGCACGUCUCAUGCUUCAAAACAUUGGGAACGUCUCACCACGGAGACCGUCAUUCAGCUGUUAGGGAUUAUGUGCGUCCUUCUUAUAUGCUGGUCUCCUCUGCUGGUUCUGAUGCUCAGGAUGAUCUCCAGCCAGGUAUCCUCCCACAAGUGCAAUUCAGCAAAAGCCGUGUCCAAUCACACCCCUGGCGGGGAUUUAGACUGUAACUUUUAUCUGACAGCGAUCCGCUUGGCCUCUCUCAACCAGAUCCUGGACCCGUGGGUUUAUCUACUCUUCAGGGAGAUUCUCCUGCGCAAGUUCUGCAUCGUGGCUACUGCGGUGUCCAACUGCUCCAUAGAGGAACAGAAGGAGACCCAGACAGCACUGGAUGCUCUUAACAAGCAGAACCAAGAUGGCCACUGCUUUCACAAACCACAAAGUAGCUAAGUCAAGCCGUGACAGGAAAUGUUACCUUGACAUUUUGAAGCCGAGAUAAAUAAGACCAUUGUGAAAAUGGAUACGCUAUUAUCUCGGAUGUGUUGUGAAAAUCGUGGAGAUGAAAUUUUUUUCUCCAUGUCCUCCACAAAAGGAUAUUGUCCAGUGGGAGACAUGAGCAGUCUCUGUUGCACUGUUAAUGAGAUCCAGUCCCUUCUCUGCUCUGGCUACAUUGCUGAAAACACAUUCUUGGUCACCUAACCGGCACAUGGAUGCAUGACGAGAUCACCUCUCGCAUUUUGUAGCCAUGAACCCUCACAUUGUUGGUUUUCAGUCUUAACACCCAAGUCCUGCCAGACCCAAGAACUGCAGGAGUGACUGACCUAUACAUAAAAGUGGUGGAUCUCAUGUUCUUCUUUUGUUUCUAAACUGAGUCAUCGCUUUCAACAACUUGAAGCCAUAAUGCAACUGAAGGACAAAUGGUUUUGUGAAUGUCUGAAAAUUCAGAGAAAAAUCUGUAAACUGCCCACAGUAAGUUGUAAAUAGCUUUGCCAUGAACUGUGGUAACUGUGGUUAAGGGUCUGUGGUCUUUCAGAAGAAGAAUGCAAAUCCUAAACUGGAGCCAAUUCCUGAUUGUAAGAUUAUUUAUUAGUGUCUGUUUGGUUUAGUUGUUGUCAGUUUCAUAAUAUACUGUACACGUGUUCCUCGGCUAGCAGCCAGGACUAUGAAAUGUGAAGCUUGUUGACACUUUUCCUCUUGAAUAUGAAUGUACUGGUAAACUGUCGUGCGGUUAUUUUCUCAGCAGUUUUCUUUUCUUUAACUUCAUGGCUGCUCUUAUGAAAGCCAAAGUGUGUGAGGGAAAGACUGUGGAUUUUCUGUGUUCAGCAUUAUUAGAUUAUAGCUGACAGGGUGGUCUGAUAUUGUAAUUACAAGGUCGCAGCCACCACUGACAAAGUGUCACUGAUCAAUCAUAGCCUAUUUCACGGGGUUAAAACUAUUCUUGUUCUGCAGCCAUUUUUACAUAAAAUAUUAAGGUAAACACACGUGUUACAAAUGAUACUAAUUCACGUCAGACAGAGUCAAGGUGCUUCUAUGGUGCAUGUUAGCUCACGCUAGAAACAGCCUUAAUUUAUCAGUUAAACUUGUGUUUACCUGCUGUUUCAUGUCAGCAUGGCUGCUGUGACAAAGGUCUUUUGUGCGACGUGUCUGACGUGUUUCUUUAAUUUCACCAGCCAGGGGGGGGGUAAAGAUAGUUUCUGCCGUCUUCUGACCGGUUGCAUCAAUACAAGCAGAGAGAAGGAUACUCUGUGGAUACGAGGCUGAAGAGCAGAAAUAUAACGGACUGAAGAAAGUCACGUCCAGACUGUCCAAAACACAGACACUGGAAAGCGACAUUGUUGUGUUGCUGUUACACGCAGCAUGCUGUGACUUCACAGGCUUUCAUCAUUGUGUAGGCCAUCUGCUUUCGCUGGAAUUAUUAAUACACUUCUUCUACAGGUUGUUGGUAUAUGAAUUCAUGCUUUUAAUUCUGCAGUAGUUUUCUCGGACAUGUUGAAUGUGUCGUUCGGUAUUACAUGAUUUUUCUUUUUAUUGGCUGAAUUGUAUCCCUGUGGCCCGAUGCUACCUCUAAAUGGAAGUAAAUGGUAACGUGCAGUGCAAUUUCUGGGGGGUCUUAGAUGAAGCUACUUUGGUUGUCGUCUACCUUGUCACACUGUGUCACUGCCGUAUUUGAAGAGGUUCAGCAUCUCAAGGAUGGACACUUUUGUUGCCAUGGUAACCUUCAGGGUGUGGGACAGUUUCUCACACUAACACCACAACUCUGCCUUCUCAGCACAUCAGCCAACAAGACUAGAUUUUCAUACACGCUACCUUGCCCGGUCUUGCCUUUGCUUGUCAAAUGUGAGAAUGCAUAAACUCUCAGUGAUCGUGGCCAGACAGUGAAGUGUCAUCUGCAAAACCCACGUGAAAGAUGAACAUUUACUGAUCGCAUGCAACAGGAUUGUGAAGCCAGUCUGCCUUCGAGUUAUGUGAGCUUUGCACAGAAACCAGUAAUUUGGCAUUAUUCAAGGUAAUUUGAAGGCCACAACCGCCUACAAAUGAGCAACGGGGCUUACAUACAGUAUGUGGCAUUAUGUAUUCCUCAACAGGUAAUCAGGUUCAUUAAUGUCUGAGUGUUCUCACACUGACAUGAAGAGCGUUCAUUUUAAUGAAUGCUGCUCUAAUUGAGCUUGUGGCUCUGAAUUAUUAUACUGUUAUUCCGAGCAUAUGUUCACUUGCGCAGCCGUUAAUGCACACCUCAAAAGAAACAUCUGGGGAUUUAAUCCUUGCCUUAAAAGCAAUGAUUACACUUAUUCUUAAGUUUCAGUAGGAUAUGGCGGGUUCUACUAUGCAUCAUUUAAUUAUGUCAGAGACUCUGAAGCUUCCUGCUGUUGAGUCAGAAAAAAAAAAUAAUUACAUGACAGAAUAUCCCCUUAAAGCUAACUGGAAAAUUCAAAACCAUGUAUGGGAUGCAUGGUUUUGAAUUUUCCAGGGUUUUAGAUCAAGCCCACCCUCCACAAUGGAAAAGAAAAUGGCAGAGUAAUAAUCUGUUCUUUGUAAAUAGAAAGCAUGAUGUAUUUCAGCCCCCUUUGAUGGAUCCACUAAAAGCAGAAUGUUUGCAGGCAGCACUGUCUACGGUUCACUUUUAAGAAAUAUGAAUCUUUAUUAGAACCAGGGGAGCUGUGAAAUAUCUGCAAACCCCAGUUGUCGGUCCUCACAGUGAAAUCUUCAAAAGCAAUGAUGGUUUAAUGUUUGGUUGUUUCAUUAAGAGCGGCUUUCUGCUUACAAGCAUGCUCAUUAUCUCAAAAUUACACAUAAGCCGCUUAGAAAUAACAUUAUAAAUGCUAUUCAAGCUGUGUUUGUCGGGACUCUCGACUUCAGUUUGCUCGUGGACUCGAGUGGUGUUCAUCUGUGUGAGGAAUAAACCACUUUGGCCGGCAGAAAUAAAUAUGAGUCCUCCACCAGCAUCGAUGAGAGUGCACAAUAACAUCAUGAUUUGAAACAGGCUUUAUGAGGUCCGGAGAAUCCGGUAUUGCCAGCUGGCUCCAUCUCUCUCAUUUAAGUCACUAAUGAAUGGAAGUGAUUUACUGAUUGCCUCAUGAGCUGAGGAGUCACUUGAUGUCUUGAGAUUUCAGGACAAGGAGAGAAUGUUUCUGAUUUCUCAUGUUUGAUCAUUUUGAUAUGUUGCAUUUGUGCUCAGAAUGUGCAUUUUCUUUCUAUUUUUGGUUGGUUCUCCAAAUUCUUUUCCAAAUAUUCCACAUAGCUGUUGAAAACGUAAUUUAUUUAAGCUUAUUGGAAACCCUACAGUCCAGUGCUUUGGUCUUCAGGUGUCCUUUAAGAGCUUUCCUUGUCUUGUCUCUGUGCUGUCAUGAAAUCACAGACUGGCCCAGCUAGCUAACACAGUGCAUGCCAUGAGCAGUUCACUGAUAAGGUACAUAAUGAUCCUUUGGUGCCAUUUGGAACUGCCAUCAUGCAACGUACCCUUGCUUAGCUUCAAUAUAAACAUAAAAGAAAAUAAUAAUAAAAAACCCAACAUAGCCCUAAGAGAAGCCAUUUUUGAAGCAGAAAUCCAUUAAAGGUACAAAAAAAGCCAAACGUUAAGUGUAAUCGUUCAAAGGGAAGAAUUAACCUGGCCGGUACAACAAGCAAAAUGUCAGUCUGUUUUAAGAAAGCACAUGAUUGUGUCACGUGCGUUCAGACGGUGCAGUGAAAACAGGUUUCGACCACCAGCCAAGGCCCCACUGAUGAAUGUAAAUAAACUCUGGAUGUCUAUCAGAUGUCCAUCUUCUUAUCGUUUGUUCACAUUAUGCCUCUGCUUGUGAAUGUUAACCCUGAGGCGCGAUUCUCAGAUGAGGGCUAUCUACAAUCUUUCACACAGCCACUGUCUCUUUGUUAGCGCUCUUGUUCCUCUGGUCCCGCAUUCAUGUGAGGAAUGCUGUACAUUUUUUGCAACUUUCUCUAUUCUUUUUCUUUUGACACACCUGUUACAAAUAGGCUUUGUAACAUUACGUAAGAUGAGAU